CCCGCCACGGCAACACUCCCACUCGUCUCCUGGACUCGCAAUUCCGCGCUCUGGCGCAGCGUCCUGCACUCGGCCCUCGGCACUCCAAACACAUACCCCUCCCCUCUCCUGCCAGUCCUAUUUCUCGCCGUGCUCGAAAACUGCCUGGAAAAGACCUGGUCCGCGCAAGACGGCAGCGAGGAGAACCGUCAACGCCGUGCAGCCCUAACCUUCACGCGGGACAUUAUCCUGACAGAGGUCAAACUCGCCGGCGAUGAUCACAAGGGGCCCGUAGGCGCGUGGGUAACAGAUGUCCUCCUGCAUCCUAAAAAGGGCGAAGACAGUCUCGCUUGGAAGUACCCGAUGGAAGGCUUCGUCCUUAUGACGAAGCUCGCACGCACGCACGAUAAGACCCUCAACCAGCAGGAGAUUACUAAAGUUGUUUGGAAGAAGAUUCUGCAUACCGUUGCUUCACGUUAUGCUGCCGCGGUAAAUCGUGGUGAGGGGACGGAAGAGGUGAGGAAGGGGCGGAUACGGAAAUACUUGCUUGAAGGGGCCUCACUCGCGAAGGGUGGGGAGGAGGGCUGGAUGGACGGACUGCGGAAGUUGGGCUUUUUGGGUUCGGGGGAUUUACUCGCGCUGGCGAUGCUACCCGGGGAGGUGCGGUGGAUCGAGAGUGUCGCUGGAGAAGCCAUGUCCAAGUGGAUUGGAUGGCUAGGAGAGGUGCAGGGUAUUGGCGGUGGCGCUAAGGAGUGUAUUACAGCGAUCAGGGGACGUUGGGGAGGGGAAGUUGAGGAUGUUGUUGAUGGGAUAGAUUGGGAGGGGGAGAUACUCUGACUGGGGGCAUCGGAGAAGCGAUUUGUUACUCUAUCAGCUUUUAUACCUUUUUUUAUUUUUUUUCCUUCCCAAACAGAAUUUUCUGUCUUGUUCAUGAGCCUGGUUUACAAAUUUGCUUUUUCUUGCUUUUAAUUUUCCCUCUCCUGUGUAAUAUUCCACUGCAUUUCUGCCAGAGACAAUAAAACAAGCAGUUGAACU